AUGUCGAACGGGACGAGGCGUCGACGUCGACGAGACCGCGCGUACGCGCAGUACGCUGUCGUCAUGCUGGGACGACAACGUGUGUUCCGGGACCGCCUCGAUCUGCUGGAAGAAUUCGACGAGGAUGCGCUGGAGCAACGAUUCCGGUUUGGUCGCGCGGGAAUUAUGUUUCUCGCGGAGACGCUGCGCCCGAACUUGGAGCGGUCGACGCGUCGCAGCUGCGCCCUGUCCGCAGAGCAGCAGGUGAUCGUCGCUCUGCAAUUCUACGCCACAGGCAACUUCCUCAUCACUGCAGGCGACUAUAUUCACGUGCAAGUCUCUAGUGCUUCACGGUCCGUGUGUCAGGUCACCGUAGCUCUGGCACGUCGAGCAAGGGACUUCAUACGGUGUCCUGACGUCGCAGAGGGUGCUGACUUGCAGGAGCAGUUCUUUGACGUAGCCGGGUUCCCUUGUGUCGUGGGUGCUGUUGAUGGUACUCACAUUCGAAUCCAGGGACCGCGCGUGCACGAGGAGGUGUACGUGAACCGCCACCUGUACCAUUCCAUCAACGUACAGGUGGUAGUUGACGCAUCCUGCCGCAUAGGCAAUGUGGUUGCGAGAUGGCCAGGAAGCACGCACGACUCCCGGAUUUUCACCGAGAGCACACUAUCAGUCAAGCUUGCCGAUGGCGUCUACGAUGGCCUAUUGCUCGGCGACAGCAGCUACACCUGCCAGCCGUGGCUGAUGACGCCCUUCCUGUCGCCAUCAUGA